UUUAAGCUAGGAAGAAACAACAAUGGAAAUAAAGAAUCGCAAAGGAUUUAUCAUUGCAUGUUUUAUAUUUUUACUUGCUUUACUUGCAGGAGGUGAAAACCUCCCUCAAAGCAUGAAGAGAAACUGCACCUACAGAGUCACAAUCCAAACAACAUGCACCAAGGGUGCCGACACAUCAGACCAUGUCAGCCUGAGAUUUGGUGAUACAAAAUCUAAUGACAUCGUAGUUCGACACCUAAAUUCCAAGCAUGUUAGGGAGAUGGAUCCAUUGCAGCCGGUUGUCCUUGAUGACAUUCCCAGAAAACCAUUCCAGGUUUGCUUGGUGGAUGAGUUUCAAGUGAGAGGCCAAUGCGUAGAAUCACCAGUUUGCUAUCUGUAUCUCAAGCUAUCCGGAAAUGAUGAUUGGCGACCAGGCUUUGCACAGGUUGAGGCAUUGGAAGAGUCUCAUCUCAGCUCAAGAUAUUUCUAUUUCCGAAGGUAUCUGCCUCGGAAUGUUUGGCAUGGUUCUGAUUUUUGUGAUAAAGAGGUCACUCCUUUUGGUAUCAGGCAAAAGAAAAAGGCCUAUGCAAAGAAACAAGAAACAUUGAUGCCAUAA